AUGAAACUCCUCAUCAUUCCCGUCGUCGAAGAAAAAUUUUCUUUUAAGAAGCUCAAUUACUUUAAUCCCAAAAGUGAAUUUGACAUCGAUUGGUGUCUUGAUCUCCAAGGGUUUCUAACUCGUAAGAAGUUUAGAGGCAGACUUGAGGAAAUUAACCAGCAUAUAAUUAAUGUCCCGUUAAUAAGUAGAAGAAUAAACUCAUUUACUAACUGGUCCUAUGGAAUAACAACUGUUAUUAUGUUCGCAAUUGUCUUUGGCACUUUGUCCACUGGAUUUUCUUCUACUGGACCUAUUGUUAGCAUUGUACUCGAGCUCCUUGCAAGUAUUGGAUAUUUUGCCGUCAAAGCAAUAGUCAAGGACGUGAGAGAUCGACGCGCGAAAUUAUUCACUAAGACGUUAAAUACAUUGCUUAAACGUUACAACACAAAAGAUUACCCAAUUGCCAAUUGGAAACUUGUGUGGCGAUCGGUCAUGACUCAUUACGAUCUAAAGAUGAGCUCAACAUCGGAUGGGAAUAUCAGUGGGAAAGCAACGCCAAAGUAUAUAGAACAAGCAGAGAUAAUACUGGAGAUCCACGAUACACUUUCAGAUUUGUAG